ACCAAUCAAAUCUCUCCAGCUAGCUUGAUUAUUUGCACCUGUGUGUACACCUGUAAACCCAUCGCAAGCAGAUCAAACCGGAAUUUUUCACCGUAAACUGCGUGUAUAAUGUCUAUAAAGUGCAUUUAUACGGUUCAAGGGGACACUGGAGUGACUAUUUCGGUUGUGAAUCAUGCUAACCAACACAGGCCCCGUGGUAAGCUAAUGUGGUGUAUAUGCGCACCUGAAAGCAUCAUUUCAACGUAAUCUUUUUAUUCAAUGUCUCAAAUAAUUGUCCUGAUAAAACUUAGCACAGUUUAGUAUUAAUUCGUCGUAUUGUCAACCGUUAAAGUCUAACAGGUUCUUCGACUAGCAUGCGACUUUCAUUACCAAUACCAAAUGAUUAUGUUUAACACACAGUAAUAUUACUACAAGCUGUUGACCUACUAAACAUAUCCCGAAUCAUAAAGUGACUCAUUUAGAGUUUAGAAAGUAUCUUCGGUAACCAAAAAAUGUUAUGAAUUUGUAUUUUACAAGUCAUUUUGACAGAAAAUUUAGAUAUUUGAAUGGGGUUUGGUGUGUUGCUCGAAAACGAUCUCAAAAAACAUCCCAGCAGCUUUCUGAUGUAAAGUUUCAGACUUAAUUUUCAAUGCACUUUUCAUACAAUAAUAAUGUAACCCAAAGUGUUGUAAAGAAACAAAGAUUUAUUACACUAAAGGUAUACAUUAAGACGUCCAUCCUACAUCCAUAAACAAAGUGGAGAUUGUAUCAUAAAUAAAAACCUAAUAAGAGCUGAAUAAGAACUGAAACUGUGAGAUCUGUAUGAGAAAACACCUGAGGUAGAAUAAAGAAGGAAAACAACACAAUUGUGCAUCUUAUAUCAGUCAUUUACAUCAAAGUAGAGGAAAUUUGAAUGGAGUUUGGUGUGUUGCUCAUAAAAAAAAACUCAUGAAGAAGCAGCUCAGCAGCAAUAACUUCAUCUUUCUUCCAAACAACUUCAGGCCAAACUCUACUUGUCCAUUAUUGAUGAUGUGAUUGAGAGUAUGAGAGAGCUCUUCUUGGAUGAAGGGCUUGAAGACUGCGUCCUGGAUGAUUUAAGACAUGUAAGAUGUUUUCCAGCUCUUUCAUUAAAAACAAAAAUUUUCACUAAGUGUUGCCAGUCACAGCUAAGUUAAACAUGUUCAGAGGAAGUUUACACUGCCUGCUGUGUCUUCUGACGUGCAGCUUUGGGAGUCAAAGAUGAUGCAGUCAAAAGCAAUGGAAGACUUCAGGAAAAACAACAUCAAUUCGUCCAACUUUGUGCUGCAGCUCCCUGCCAACUACAGUCAGACUGAUCAGGACGUCACAGGUAACACAGCGGGCUACAGCCUGAAAGAAAAUCAACAAAACAAAUCAUGUGUGGGUAGAAGUACAGAAGUUUUCAGACAGGAUAUUUGUGGUACUGACUUUCAUGGAUGAACACAGCUCAUUUUUCUAUUUCUGUGUCAAUUACUUGGCUCUGCUUUUUACUCUCAGCCUCAGUUGUGAUUCCCGCGAGUCAGAACAUCCAAAGUUUUCCAAGGCUUAAGGUAAGCACGUCCCAAAAUUUACAGAACAUCACUCAGUGAAUUUGACUUUGGAAUGCACUCAAAGAAGCAAAACAUAAAAAAUCCCUUUUAUUUGAAUUCAAUAAUUACUCAGUACAUAAUGGUGAGGAGCAUUAAGGAGUUUAAGGGACUGAAACGGGCCUGGCUAAUUUGAAUUUAAAUGUUUUGAGCCCCUCAAAUAAGAGUUCAGAGGAUUGUUUCAAGUGAUUUUCGUACAAAAAAAAAAAAAAAAAGAUUUUAUUACAUUUAAAAAUUAAAUUCAGUUCAAAACAGACCAGACUGAAAAUUUGUUUUAACAGGAUUUUUAAAUUCAAGAGUGACAACAUUUAGUCCUCCUGUUUUCUUUCCCCAAAACAUUAGCAACCUGUUUAGAAAAGUAAUACGACGCUAAAAAUCCCAUCGAGUUACAUCUCUGGACUAGUUGUAUGACUGGGUAUAAAAAGGGCAUGUCAGAGAGGCUGAAUGUCUCACAAGAUGGCAAAACUUUAAACAGUCUGUGAGAGACUGUGUGUGCAAAUAACUUAACAAUUUAAGGACAAUGUUUCUCGUCAUAAAAACAUAAAGAUCUUGAGGAUUUUGUCAUUCACAGAAAAUAAAAUCAUUAAAGAAAUAGAUAAUCCUGAGAAAUCUUUGUGCAAAACAGAUCACCAAAACUGGAUGACUAAGAUCUUUGGGUCCUCAGGUGGCACUGCAUGACUCUGUUGUCUAAAUCACUGCAUGGGCUCGUAAUCUCUUCUAAAAAAACUUGCAAUGCAGGUUAAAACUGUUUAAUGCAAAAAGGAAACCAUAAACAUGGUCCAGAAUAGUAUAUGGCUGCAUAGCUUAAGCAUAUGAGAAGGCAAAAUUAAUGCUGAAUAAUAUCAUACCUAAAUUAUAUAUAAUGUGCAUACAUUAAGCCAAAGGGAUCAAUAUUUAAUUGUUUAGUAUUAAGCAGCAUUUUAACACCAGCAGUCUGUGUUUGUUUAAGUUGUGUUCAAGGCUGUGUGUGCCGCCAAGUCCUUGAGAUAACACUGUGCUGUUUUUACUCGUUAACCAAACUGUUUGCAGAAGUUUUAUGAAACUUUUUUCUGUUGUAUUUUUUUCUUUCAUACUUUUUGUUUUAUUCCAGAACAACUCUGAGACCCUUGCUACUUUCUCUCUCCCUGCUGGCUUAGCUUACCCUGUGCAGAUACCAGCUGGAGUCACUCUGCAGACAGCUUCUGGUACUCCAUAAAUAUUUCAGCUGUCAGAAUAAAGCUAUAUGAAGUUUUAGGUUUGCACUAACAGGUUGGCAUAAUAUUUUCCUUUUCCUUUAAGGUCAACUCUACAAAGUCAAUGUUCCUGUCGUGGUCACUCAGGCAGCUGCAGGUCAACAGCCUGCACGGACAGUCUCUGAGUUUAGAGAAGCUGCUGCUCCUCAGUCUGCUGCAGUCCCUCAAAACACCACUCAUCCUCAGGAGGUGGAGCCUUCAUCGGUUACAGCUUCUUCUGUUACGCCGCCGCCGCCUCAGAAGACGAGUUUACCCCCUAGCCAAGAGAGCACCGUCCCCCAGCAGCCUCCAGUUCCCGCUGCUGAGGGCCCGCAGCCUCAAACAGCCGACUCACCUGAGCCAGAAGUCACACUGAGAGAAAAUGAGCCGAGUCCGCAGCUAGAACCUAUGAACCUCAGUAUGACCGCCUCAUCCUGCACUCAGUUAUUAGACUUUCAGAUCAGAGCUGAGGAGGCUUUGGCGCAGACUGCUCCACUACAGAGCAGAGACAUCGAUGACAUCCUGAAAGAGGUGAUUGAGGAGGAGAGUCAGAAAGUCGAGAGAGCCAGGAGUCUGGCUGCUGGAAAAACUGGCAACCAGGAGGACGCUCUCGGGGUAAUUUUCACAACAGUACUCACUCUUCAAGCAAAUACAGAGAACAGAAAAAAGAAAAAAUGAUCUGUUUCUAAAUGAGUGGCUCCAAGAAAUGGGGAACUUUGGCUUGCAUUUACUCAACUAAGUUUCCACUUGCAGACAGCUAACUUGGCUCUACUCUUGAUAUAGAAUAUACUUAUAUUGUAGUAAUGGUUGUAUCCAUAUGAAGGCCUUCUGCCUGCAAUCUUUCAAAUGGCCAACAGAGGGCAAAUCCGCAGUGCAAAAGACUGAUUUGAUUAAACCAGAUGGGAACAUGAGCCCCUGUCUUACCUUCUGUCUGACCUCUGUAGAUAUGUUCUCAAUGAGAUUGUAAUCUAAAGGGCUGAGCAUGUCCUUCCUACAACAGCAUCAUGCUAAUUUUGCAAAUCAUAAUUCUGAAUCUAAAAGAAGGGUUUACCUACCAUAUCCACUCUCGUUUAACAGUCCUUGGUCUAUGUGUUGAUGUGGAAAUAUUAAGUGAACUCUAGUGGUCAGAUUUGAGACUAAAAUGCCCCUCUACUCAUUCCUUACAAUGGUGAGGUGAUGGUGGCCUUCAAGGACUAGAAGCUCCUUAGAUCCCUGAUCGGUGUGAUCCUUCAUUUGUUGUUAAAUGCAGUAUUAACUUAAAGUGUACAGUAGUUUAAACUGUGGUUUUCAACUUCUGGAAUAAAACUUAUCCCUUAAUUUACUGCAAAUACCCCAAAGCUAUGGAUUUUACCUUCUUAAAUGACCACUUCAAUAGUAAUCAAAUGUUUAAGUGUGAGCUUACAGACCUUAAUAAAUCUCAUCAAUAUCUUCUUUGUCAUUUCUGUUCAGCUGGACCUGGACUACAGCUACGAUGAUUUAUCAGACAUCGUUCAGUUGGACGGUCCAGCAGACAACUCUGACCUGGAGGAGGAAGAGGGAGUCCCCCUGGAGGAGAACGAUUUUCUGGGUAUAAUCAACGCUGAGGCCAUAAAGGCCCUGCAGGAGGGAGAUGCAAGCAGCGAUGGAAACAGCAUCUCAUCCAGCAGUGAGAGUGAAGGAGCAGAGGAUCAUGUCAUUGAAGAAGAAGAAGUAAGGAACUUUUGUACGAUUGUGUCUUUUUGGUGACUUUAAAAUCAUCUGUAUGGAAACCUCUAGUUGAUUUGUGUCUUUUUCUCUUGAAUGAAACAACUUCGCCUGAGGAGAUCUGGACGGUUGAGCCAGAGAUGUCUUUUAGAUCCCUUUUUAAAGCUGCAUUUUGUUAUUUUGUGUUUUGCUCCUCAGGCAGCACACAUUUUAUUUUCCUCCAAUGAAAUCGGAUCAUUAAUUUCACAUUUAAACAUCUUUUUCUACAAUGUACUUUCUGCCUCUCAGGAUCCUUUGAAUUCUGGUGACGAUGUGGUGGAGCAGGACAUCCCAGACCUCUUUGACACUGACAAUGUAAUCGUUUGCCAGUAUGACAAAGUAAGAACAGUUUAGCUCUCCGCUGCCCUUUAACAAAGCCCUGCGCUGAAUACCGAGCGAGCGCCAGACUCCUGACAUUUUCUUUCUGCUGCAGAUUCACCGCAGCAAGAACCGCUGGAAGUUUCAUUUGAAAGACGGGGUGAUGUGCUACGGAGGCAGAGACUACGUUUUCUCUAAAGCUGUCGGGGAAGCCGAGUGGUAAUGAGCUUUGGUUCUCUUACACACACCAGAUAAUCAUGUUGAGAGGAGGAGAAACUGAUUUAAAGGAGAAAAACAAUCAGCGUGUUCAGACCUUGGCGGUGUAAUUUGGUUCAAGAUGAAGGCAGUUAAAACUUCAACUGUUUCAUUCUUUAUGUAAUUAUUAGAGCAAAUCUGCAUCUAAUUUAGGAUGUUAAAAGACUUUUUUUUUGCAGUUUUACUCGUUGAAUUCAAACAGCAUGAAUUUAUGUUUUGCCAUAGUUGAAGAAAACAAACUCUGACGUCCUGAUCGUGUUGUUUUGAAGGGACCUGUUGUGCUGUUUGAUUUCCCAACAUUGUAAUGUCUUACCUUUGAUCGUUCUUUGCUCUGCGCUGCUGUGCCGCAUUCAUUAAACACUUCUCUUCCUCUGCAACCCUGAACAAAGCGAAGUGGCCUUGCUGACAUGAUGCUUUAUUAAGUGGGAGGGUAUUUCUAAUUUCAUUUUUAUAAAUCAAACAGCUCCCAGCAGCCUGCCGUAUUCACAUUAACAAACUCACAAGCACCAGCUGGAUUCCUGCAAUUGAUUAAUAUACAGCUUUGGUUUGGUCGGACACUAAAGGAGAAGAAAGAAAAUGAAGAGCGCUGCAGUAGCUCAUAAAAACAGCUCACAUAAUAAUGAUCUGAGAAACCUUGGAAAUGAUUUCACUGCUAAUUGCUGGUUUUCGAUUUGACAUUAGCAGCAAUGAUUUGCACUCGAACAGGCCUCAUGCCCUUCACUUAAAGAGUAAAUUGAGUCAUUGUUCAACUUGUUCCUUACCUAAAAGCUACGAAUGAUGCUCCUGCAGUAGUACAGCAUGCACACUCCUUCAUAGUGUAUUCAACAAGGACACAGCGGCAUGAUUCCAGGUGGUUAAACUCUGCAAGGUCUGCAGCUUGUGCUUUAAACCGAAGCAAACUGUUUCUAAAUCAAAGGGCAGAUUUCCUCGAUGAAAUAUGUCAACUCCCCGCUACAGAUGGAGGAUUUGUUGUGCUGCCAAAAUGUGAUCUGCUGUUUACCGAGCUAUGUAAAUCAGAUGCUUUUUUCCACACAGUUAUGUGUUGGGCAUGUCCACAUUGAUCCCCUCGUACACAAAUUAUCCAAAUCUGUGUCAGUCAAACAUGUUUAUCGUAUUCACGGUUUUAGAAAGAAGACGGAUAUCGAAAAGCAAUCACACGAGCCUGGAAACGUGCGUCUGCAAAACUUUUAUGCAGAUUUACAAGGAGGCUCAUGGGCUUUACACAAAACAUUGAUUCUGUAAAUGAGGCCAGAAAAACAUGAGUCAAAGUGAUUCACAGCACGAUUUUAUUGUCAAACCGCAGAAAUACACUAACAGCAGUCUUUCUUGUUGACCAGAUCUCAUCUUAAACUCUUUUGUUUCAAGUCUCCCAGUGUAAAUAUCUCCUGAGUAUAACAGACACCGAAAAAAAAAGCACUAAAAUUGUUCUCUGAUGAGCUAAAAUGAGACUUUCAUUCAGUUGUUUUAACUUCACAGUUUUUAAACCAUAAUCUGUAAAGGAGAAGUGGAUGUAGCCUCGGCCAGCAGGGGGCGACUCAACAGACUGCAAAAGAGAACAACACCAGACAGGACAAAACGCUUGCUUCUACUUUCAUUAACUUCCUCAGUAAUGACUCUUUUGGUCUUAAUCUCUAGUUUAAAUCUUCUUUGAUGAAACAUUAUGAAGAAUUUAUUAAAGUAUUGACCUAUUCACUGUAAAACAGGUUAUAAAGCAGGGAUGCUACAGGGCGAGGCUUUCUUCCUUUUGCUCUGUCAAGCAGCACGAGAGUCUUAGGAAUAUGUUAUCACUGUGUCUGCUCUCUAAAUACUGCAGGAUUAAUAUCGUAAAUUAAAAAGCUGGAGAAAGCAAGAUGCUAAUUCAGGGGGGUUACAUAAAGGUACAUCUAAAAAUGAGAAGAACAUAAGGUAUUAAUUUAGCAUCUCUAUGAAGCAUGAUGUAGGGCUGGGUGAUAUGGCCUCAAAUCAAUAUCACGAUAUAUCGAGCAGUUCACCUCGAUAACGAUAAAUGGACGAUAACUACUCCACAAGCUGCUCACCCCCUCCCACAUUAACUUUGUCUACUUCAGCCACCGCUCAAGCCGCGACAACUUUUGAACCGUCCUCCAUCUCCUCACCUGUCUUUCCCUCUUUAUUACGGAAUCCGACGUAGGACAGCGUCUUAAAGGGGCAAAAGACCAUAGCCUACCUACACACAUCCAAAACCAACUUUUAUUUAUUUAUUUUUUAACACAGAAUAUACCUGUAUGGGCAAAAUGACGUCGGUUAUUGUCGUAAAUUUCGGUAUCAGUAAAUUUUCAGUUGAUCACCCAGCCCUAAUGUCUUAGGCUGUGUUGACUCGAGACUUAAGUAGACCGACAACAAAAUCACAUAAAGCACCUCAGACUCUGCACCUAUCCGGUCUUCCUCCGGACUCUAAGACCUUGAUUCUUUCAUGAAAUGCAAAAUUGUCUUUCAUCUGUAAAAAGAGAACUCGUGAUAUUCCAUUUUUUUAGGUUGCACCUGAACAAAUGAACGAGUCCAGAGUGUCUACAUCCACUUCUCAUAAAAAGUCUCUGAUUCACAGUCAGUUAAGAUAAAAAUAAAUAAUCUCUACAAAUAAAUCACAGUUUCUCACACAAGUGAAGCUGGCUCAGGGCGGCUACGUUAACAAACAUGUUUUAUUUUGUUCCCAUUCUUGCUCCACUGGUCCUUUAAACUCCUUAAAGAUCACAUCAGAGUUUUUUUUGUCAUGUAAACUCUGACACUAUCGUAACCCUGUCCUAAAUUUAAAGAAAUGCUACAUAUUCAAGCAGGACAGCGUGUUCAUGACAGAUCAGUCUGCGUUGAUGCUCAUGUGGCUCCUUUGUUCAUAAAGCACCCCUUCAUUUUAAUGUGGUAGGCGUAAAAGCGCAGCGAGGGAGUUUUUUUUGUGGAUUUCUUGUGGGUGGAGUUCAGGUGUGAGGCCAGAGUCUGCGGCCUGUAGUUCGGGUUUGCUUUGCAACAGCCGCAGCGACUCAACAGCUGGCACACGUCUUUCCUGAAGGCUCGGGUGAAGAGGGUGUACAGGAACGGGUUGCAGAGGGAGUUAAUGGGGUAAAAAAGGAUGAGCAGGAUCUUGGAGUGAGACACGGUGAUGAGGGGCAUACGCAGAGCCCCAGAGAUGGCGAAGAAGGAGAUGGGCGCCAUGCAAACAAAGUCCGUGAAGAUGAGCACAGCCAUCCUCUUGGCUAUCUUGGUGUCUCCGUUUCGGGCGGAGUGCUCCGGGUUGUGGACGUUCAAAUAAAUGCAAACGUAGCAGAAGCAGACCACCAUGAAAGCGGCGACGUUGAGGAUGAGAACGGCCACGACGUAAAUCUGAGAGCCCAGCGUGUCGAUGUCCAUGGGCAGACAGAUGCUCACUUUGCUGUAACUGCUGACGCCCACCAGAGGGAGGAGAGCCACCAGCAAGGAGAACCCCCAACCGGCCCCCAUCAUGGCCGCCACAUGAUGCAUCUUCAGCCUUUUAUUCACAUGCAUGGCGUUUGUGAUGGUGUGCCAGCGUUCAAGACUAAUCACUGUCAGCGUGUACACAGACAGCUCACUGGCGAACACGGUCAGAAACCCUGCCACGCCACAUCCGGGCCCCGUCUGCCAGUCUGUGGCGUGGUUGUAGUACUCGUGCCGCGAGUGCUGGUCCAUGACGGCGAUCAGCAUCAGGUAGAGCCCCAUGCACAGGUCAGCGAAAGCGAGGUUGCACAUGAGGAACCUGGAGAUGGUCAGUUUGUGGUGGCUGAUGAGAAGAAUGAUCAGGACAGCCAGGUUACCGCUCACCGCAGAAACGGUGAUGAUCCAGGUGAGACAGCGCAGGAAGGGGAAACCCAACAGGUCCUCGCAGGGGUUGAACGCAUCCGGCUUUGGCGUGCAUUUGACGAAGGGGUUGUUGAGGCAAUUUAACUCCAGGUCUGGAUACUGGAAGUUGAUGUCAUCGAUGACAUUCAUGCCAUCUGUUGUUGGCUCUCUGAAGGAAACACAGAAAAGUGAGAUAACAGGAAAAGAGUUUAUGAGAAUUAUUCACAUUUAUCAAUGACACGACUUUAUUAAUGAAGAAAUGUAACUGCUUUAUAGAGUUUGUCGAUUGACGCAAACAAGGACAUGCUGAUUAAGAGUGCAAAAAGAGGUUCAUCUGUGUUAUUUGUGACUCCUCCUGAGAGUUUAUUUUUAACUCUGGUGAAGUUUAAAGUCGCCCUGGAGGGAAACAGUGAGAGACUUUGGCUCUGAAGCGACAAACUUCUGUUACAUUUAAGAAAUUUGGCUCAUUGUUUUGUUGUUUACCCAGAAGAAAAAAAAAACAUUUUCUCCAAUAAUGCAAAAUAUUUACACUAUGAUGAUUGCAAGUCAAACUUAAUUGCUCACCUGAGAUUUAUUUGUAUUAUUUUAUUUGAAUUAUUUGUAAAAACAUUCUUAGACAAAAUUCUUAUUUUUUUCUGUUUCGUAUUGUUCGUCAGCGCCUGUUUUGGAUGUAUGUUUGACCUUUUGAUGGUGAUUUGAUGGUGACGUCAGCUUUUGCAGAUUGUUUGUGGGUCGUUUAAAGAUGGCUUCCUUUUUGCACACUACAAUUUUAAGUGCAUUUAUACAGCGACAGAAUGUGUUCGAAGACUCAAAUCACUAAAUAAGUUCCUCACACAGUCUCUCACAGAGCUGUUAAACCUUUUUCCAUCUUUUCCUCUGUUGUGCUGUUGUUAUACUCAGACUAAGGCUGCAGGAUUUUGGCCUAAAAGGAAAUCUCGAUUUUUUUUUUUUCUCUGAAAACUUGAUUUUCAACUUCGAUUUUUUUAUUUAGUGACAACUUCACCAAACUUCACUGUAAAAAUAAAAAGGCUUUCUAUCAUCUCUUUAAACGGAACCAAUGAAAACGAUGUCGUUCAUAUGCCAAGCCAGUAAGUGGCGCUAUGAUGCUGCUCUCGGAAAUGCACCAAAAGAUAGAAGAAGAAGAGUACAGAACAUGCAUAUACGCUGUGUGUGACGAAAUCCUUUCAAGAGUGACGCGAAUAGGCAUCCACAUGAAGACAAAAAGAAUGUCGUUUACUGAUUUGUGCACUCUAGGACCCGUUUUUAAAAAGUAUCGUGAACAGUCACGCCGUUUCUGUGUGGAUAUGACAGAAAAAUUUUGCGUUUACUCCUAAAUUUUGUUUCUGUGUGGACAGGGUCUCAGUUAUGUUACUAACUUAAUUCAAGUUAAGUCAGUCCAGUAGUCCAGAGAUGUAGUGUUUUUGUACAUAUGACAGUGUUUUGUUGCCCCUUUCUCAGCUACUUGAAGUAAGCAAAUGCUGUAUUUUUCAUAUAGUAAUAACUUUUUUUAGUGUCAACAUUUGGCAGCUAGUUCAAACACUAUUUUCAAUCAAUUACAGGCUUUAACUUCUUUCAGUGUCCUGAUUCUUGUGAUCAGUUUACUAAUUUAAACUUAGUUUUACCCUCCUUGACAGUGAAAAUGCUACAUCACCAAACAUCAUCAAACUGUUUUGGAGAAAAGAAGCUGCGUGUAUAAGAGUCAAAAGUCUGCAGAACAAUAUAAGUAUUGAAUUUUUUUAACACUGAACCAAAAAUUGCAGCCUCAUUCCUCACCCCAGAAAAACUGUGUUAUCUCUGGGCGAGAAGAAAGUUACUUACAUUUCAGUUUCGCUGAAAUCACAAAACUUUGUGAAGUUCUUUGGAGCACUUUCCCUGGAAAGGAAUCAAGGAAAGGUUAGACCGAACAGAAAUCGAUAAACUCGGCCGCUAAUGACCAAACUUUCUGAUGAUCUGUAUUCAGAAGACCCAGCAUUGCUCUUUAUGCAGAUGUGAAUGGAUUAAUUCAUCUCCAGGAGCGCUUACCUUUGUUUCCGCCGCCAUGUGUGGAAGGCGCAGCAGUGGCUGGGGUAUGUGAGCUCGGCCUCCAGCAGAUCAGAGAGGCUGUCCAGAGGAGGGAGGGUCUUCAGAGCAAAGGCAGAACUGGCUUUGAGAAACCUCACCCCCCUCAGGCCUUUAGGGGGGAGAGAGCUCAGAGCUGUCGAGGAAACAUCCCUGAAUCACACACACAGAAAGCAGACGGUUCGGUUACCACAAAGAGCCACAAAGACAGAAGUAGAGUUAAAAAUGGAGGUUAUUUUCAGGGUUUGGGAUUUUUAUCGUCUGGGGAGCAUCAUCUUUCCCCUGAAGUUCUGCUCAGUAUCACAGCUAAGUGUUGAUAUACAUGAAAACUUGCUGAUCUGUCACUUUUUAGUUUAUUAUUGCACAGAACAAAGCCGGGCUGUUAAGACAGCAUAAACUGCGUGCGUUGCAUUCUGGGAACCUGCAUGAAUUUAGUUUAUGAUGCAGAAAACUAACCCGUCCUUUAGUCUGUGUCCUCUGAUUGUUUGCUUUCUGUUCCAGGAAAUAUGAACACUUCAAAUCUGACGGUGUAGAUCAUGCAUACAGUGAAAUAAUAAUCAAGGCGCAGCAGCUACAGGCUCCUCUGAAAGAUAUUUCAUGCUCGGUCCUGGUUUCCUGACGAAUCCAAUUUUACAGUGCGGAGAAUCUGUGUAAUUAUGGUUUUUUUAGACAGUGCAGUUGUUACUUUAGAAACAAACCAGACACCAGGAGCGCAUGGAGAGGUACAAUAAAUUUUCCUCAUGAUUUAGUGGGGUCACUUCUGCAGCUUCGCCCUUUUGCUGCUUUUGCAGAAGUAUUGUUUGCUCUGCUGUAAUAACUGUUUGUUUUUUUCGCUACUUACCAGGCAGGCUAUAUUCAAUACUUGAUUCUGAUUGGUCAAAACCCUUUAACUGUUAUUAACCCCAAAUAACGAGGACACAGCUGGAGGUGAUAUCUAGAUAAUAAGACCCUCUGCUUAUCAGGGUCUGAUCUCACCCUGUUCGGAUGCUAUUUUGCAUAACCACCAUGCUAAUGAAGAAAUGGAAAAAACUGCAGUUCCUCAAGUGUCCACUAGAGGCUGGCUGCCAAAAACCUCAACAAACCAAUUCGGUCCUUUAUGAAAAAGACAAUUUUUACAACAGAAUCAAACAUGUUUACAGCCUCAAAAUCAUUAAAACCCAAUUUUUAACCAAAGAUGCACAAAGACAACAUCUAAAAAUAUUAAAACUGAGAAAAUUGAUCACAUUUGGAAAACUAUAUGCUUGUUUUUUACAUUUCAGGCCUGGCACAACUUUCUAUGAUUUUGAAAUGGACUGUGUUUCUUAAUGUCAGAACACUGUGCACCAGCAAAUCAAACAGUGAUCUUUAACCGUUCACAGUGUAGUGAAGUCAAAACUAUUGAGCUUGAUCUAUGUGUUUACUCCUGCAGUGUGAUAUAAUGGCAGAAAAGCUGUUUUUUUUUUUUACUGCAAAUUGACUGAGUAUAAUCCCCGACAUAUGGACUGGGCCUCGGUAGAGUGAGCAUUUCCAACAUGGCGCCUCUCCAGAAACCAGUUGGUGACUUUACAGAGAAGACAUAUGCUAUAGAGACGACAGUUUUGUUGAGCUGGUUUGUGUGACAAUGACAGCAAGUCGCUAAAGUCAACAUUUCUUUAUUGGACAUCAGUUUCAUUUUCAUAGAUUUUCAGAGUUGGUCUUUCCUUCCAGAAGAGACGUUAUUUUUUGUUUUGUUGAGGCUGUUUCUGCUGAAACAGUUGAAUCUCCCAAAAGUGUUUAACUAAUUCCCUUCACAGCCAAGUCUGAUAUUGUAUUUUUUACAUAUUCAACAAGGCAACGAAUAAAUCAAGCACAUUUUCAAGGUGAUGCAUAUUCAUUCCAGAAAUGCUUCAUCUGAAAGUCUAGUUUUGUUUUAAUUGACAUUUACCAAAGACGGCCUUCAUUUCAUCCGAAGCACAUUUCCUCUCCACUCAGCUCCCUCCUAUGAUUGGAUUAUUUUGAACCUGACAUCAGUCACAUCUUAAAAAGGUACCCAGAAGUACCACACUGGACCUUACGCAGACUAAAGGAAGACCUUUAGCAUUUCCUUCAUGUCUCUGUGAAUAGCACACAGACCAAUUCAUAUCCAAGAUAAGAGCAAAUUUCAUAUCUCUGGCUCAGGGUUUCUUGCAAUCAGAGACCUUGUAAGCUGUAGUCUCUGCAGUCUGGGCUGUUUGUUCACUAAUCAGUAUUCUGCAGUCCAGCCUGCCGGGUUGGUUGUUUACACAGACAAGCUGUCACCGCCCUCAUGUUUAUACAAUACAAUGAUAAACAUUGUUAUGAAUAUUAAUCUGGCUUUACUGACCCAGAGCCAACAUGGCCGCCUUAAUGCUGUUGAAACAAACAAACAACAAAAGAUAAAGACGAUUGUCUCUUAUCAUGCUUGACUUUGACACAAUCAUUUAUUUCCUGUUUAUGGAUUCCACCAUCUCAUCUGUAGAGUAUGAACUUUUGAGAGACUGAUUUAUUUCUACAGAUGGUGAGAAGUUGCCAAGUGUAUUAACUCCUAAACAAUAUUUAGGUGCAGUUUUUUUACAACCUCAUUUGCAAAAAAAUCUGUCACUGGAUAAACAAAAACAGUCUGGUGAUUUGCAAAACUCUAUAUUUAAUUGAAAAUAUCACAACAACAUAUGUUUUACAAUGCUUUACUGAGAAAUGUAAUUGUUUUUGGAAAAUUGCUCUAUUAGGCAAAAACUUGGACUUUAAGUUUGUAAUAUAGAAUUGCAAUAAAAGCCUCAAAUUUCAUCAUCUAUAGCACAAAACUUUAGUGAAAGGUUUUAAAAUACAUGUCUGUACGCAAGGUACAAAGUUAAAAAAAAUUAAUGUGUUUCUGAAUGUUGAAAACUGCAUGACUCUGAAGUGGAAGUCGCUGCAUGAGAUCCAAAUUAAUUCCAAAAUCCACAGUCUGUGAACACAAUCUGUUACCAUGGCUACAAGGAGAAAGGGAGGACAGAGGAAAGAUAGGAGGGAGGUAGGAUAGAGGGAAGAUGAGAGGAGGAGGGAAGGAAGGAUAGAAGGAAGACAGGAACUAAGAAGGAAGGGAGGAAAGAAGGAAGGGGGGGUUAGGAACAGAGGGAGAAAAGGAAGAAGAGAGGGAAAGAAAGAAGGAAGAGUGGAGGCAACAAAGCAAGAAAAAGAUGGGGGGAAGGAAAGAAGGAAGGAAGGUGGGAUGGAAGGAAGGAGGAAAAGAAGGCACCAAGGAAAGAAAGGAGGUAGGAAGGUAGGAAGGAAGGUAUGAAGGUUGGAAGAAGAGCCCCGGCCUGUUUUCAUUUCAGACUUUUCUCUAGUUUAAAGUUUUUGGUAAAUUGAAACAUAAAAUUUAACAAACUAUUGAGCAGCUGAAAGGUGACGAAUAAAAACAGUCCAUUCUCGAAAUCACAGGAAAUUAAAUUCUCUAAAAGAAAUAAAAUUUCUCAGUUUUAUUGUUUGAAAUGUUUGUUUCAUUUUAGUUAAAUUUGUGGUGUCUAAAUUUUGAAAAUCACUGUGUGUCUGUCCUCGGUUUAAAUUUCCCUCAUCUGUCCUGGAAAAAGGAUUUUUUUUUAAAUGGUGUAAAUUUAUUGACGAUAUUUAAACCACAGGAAAAAUUUUGACUUUGUGACUCUUAUUUAGCAUGUUGUCAUUGUACAGAUGCAGAUAUCACUUAGAAUCAUGUAGUCAGUUUAUAAAACAUAAUGCAUACAUAUCUGAGGGUGAUGUUGCCUAACAGCGUGUCCUACAGUAGCCCUACAUUGAUGUAUCUCCUAAUAACACAUGAACACGCAACAUGUUAACACUUUGUUGUAUUAUCAAAGAGAAAAAAUGAACUUAAGAUUUUAAAGCUUUUACAAAGAGUGGGGGGAAAGUUUUGGGAAAGUUUUAGGCUACUCGUCGGCAGUAUUUAUAAACUGAAAUUAUUCAUAAUCACUAUUUUUCCUGUGCCGUUUUCUGCGUCAUAGUUAAUAUUUUUUUUUCAGCAAGGUCUUGGAUCUGUUUUGCUUUCAAAAAAGCUCUGAAAAAAAUUGACUUUUGGUUGGUAGCUGUUGAUCAUAGUUGGGUCAAACAUAUUUGAGGGCUGUUCCUUGAAAGCAGCUGUGUGCUUCUGUGUACAAAACACAUUGGGUACCUAAACAGCAAAGUUUUGGUUUUUUAAUCUCUAACAGUGAGGAGAAAGACAUAUUAAUGUUCCGCAGACCUGAGGGGAAAGGCGUCAAAGGUGUUAUUGAGCUUGAAUUUCUUUUACUCACAGAAAACUUGGACCGGUGGCUCCUUCAAAAGUGUCCUCUUGGAUGUUACUGAGAAAUCUGUUGUCUCUCAAAAUUCUGCAAAAUACAUAAAACACAGUUUUUCUACAAGUGACCUUUGGUUCAAACAGCAUUUCUGCAGUUAACAUGCAAUAGGAAUGAAAAUUUAAGUUGACACUUUAAUGGCCAACAAUGCCCCGAACCAUUUUUCAUCUACUUUUCAUUUCCUCAACUUGACACAAAGAAAGAGAGGAGUAUUAUUUUUAGACUGCAUGGUGUCUGCACAUAUCUCGUCCCCAUCGAUACUCAGCAGUUCGGGGCAAAGCUGGAAAACAACAGGGCAUCCAAUCAUGUUUAGUCUUACAUAACUCUUGUUUACUGGUACACUGAGUUUUUAUGAUUAGGAGGAAAGAGACCUUAAACCUUCACUGUGUCAGUGUGUCGUGUUGCUGUUGGUGUGACAUGAAAGAAGACUCAAUUAUGAAAAAUGCUUACAGCGUGUUGAGCUUGGUGCCGUUAAAAGCAUGCGAUCUUAUUUCUUUGAAGCCGUUUCUGACCAGGUUCCUGUCAAGGACACGAUGUUAUAAGCGUGAGUUAGUGGUGAAAAGCACUUAUCACCAAGGUCAAAGAACUGAACAUCCAAUUACAUAAGUAUACGGAGACAAGUCCAAACACAUUCCUAACAAAUGGCGACAAUUUGUAGCUCCUGGGUCUGAUAAUGAGGUAACAGAGAGAAUUUGGCUCCUGUACUCACAUGUCAACAUAUCCCUCUGUGAUGCCCUGGAAAGAAUUGGCAGGAAUAACGUCUAUCCUCAUGUUUUCUGCCAUUUCUCUGCACACAGAGGAGAUAACAUUCACUCGGGCUGUUUGGCUGAUUUAUCAGUUAGACAAAAUUAUGCAUAUUCAGAAAAAAAGAUCUCUUUGAUGAACUGUGACCCAGUUGGAGGAUUUGCGGUGGGUUGGUGGCAUCGUGACAUUGAAAGAUAAAAGUGAAACCAGGCUUAAAAUAAACAACUUGGGUUCUACUUUGAGAUGCACGAUGACAAAUAUGAAGUUGUGUAGAAAGAUGCCAAUCCAGUUAAAAAAAUACACUAUUUUUAAAAAUGCAAUUACUUACAGGAUAACAUUCGGCACCAGGGAAGAGAUAGUCGUGAAGUCUGGGAGGUGUAUCAGUCCUGUGUUAGAGAUGCUCCUGUAAAGAUGAGAAAGUGAGACAAAUGAUCACACUCAGAUAAGCACAAAUCGUCAAACAAGAUAUCAGAGUCUCAGCUAGUAAAGAAGAAUUUCAGUAUGAGCUGCAGAAACUAUUAGAUUACAAAUUAGAUGUGAUUUUUCGUGUCAUGUCUGCGACGUAAAUUAAACUUUUAUUUUCUCUAGUAUGACUAGCAGUAACAAACGUUGGAUGUGCAUGUUUUCUUUUGAACAUAGAAGUCGUUGAUGUAAAUCUUAGAAAUUUUCAAAUUCUCAUUAAAAAUAUUAAAUAUUGGUUUGAAGCGAAUCAGUUGCUGCACUUAAAGCUCCUGUGAGCAAUUUUAUGACAUCUAAGAAAUGGACUUAAACUCAUACUGUUGCCUUUUUAUAAAUUGCAAAAGCAAACAGGACCAUCAAAGACAUGACUGAUGAUUUUUUAGACAUAACUUUGAAUGCCUGAAACUGGUGCAGAGGGGGUCGGUGUCAGCUGAGUAGCUAAAGAAACAGCCUUGUCUUUACAAUUUCCAUAUAAAAUGCACUACAUAUGAUAAAUCUGACGAUGAAAAGUUGGAAGAAUUAAAUUUUUUCCAUUCUUACAUCAGCAAGUAGAAGACAAUUAAAGCAAAGACUGUUUUGUCCACAGGGGGCGCCAAAAUAGACACAAACCUAAAGUUCCUCACAGGAGCUUCAAACAACUUUUUUUUAAAUGACUUUUCUGCGUAUUAGUAUUGCGUUUAAACUGUGCAUCGCAACAGAAAUUCUUACUAGUCUCUUCUUGUCGAAUGCGUUUACAAAAUUUUGCAUAAGCUUGAAUUAUUACAAUGACAUGAUUAGCUAGAAUGCCCAGCAAACCGCCCAACUUCCUGGUUUCCCCUUUUACUAAAAUUUGACCUUUAUCAUCCUUCCUGUACACUGAUGUGAUACCACUGACAUGUGCACUUGGGUUGCUUUACCUUCAGUGCUCAGAAUUAAUAGCUGUUGUAAAGAGUGUUUGGACCAAUCAGAAUUGAGCAUUUGAAUGAUUAGAUUCUGUUGACUAAAGCAGGAAUCUAACCAAAAUUUAAUGGAGCAUUUGCUGUGAUGGCAGCAGUGUUGCGUUCAUGUUUACAUUCUACAGUCCUGUGUUAAACUUAAAGUGACGUCAGAUCCACGCUAAUCAUUAGUUAAAAUGACGCUCUCAGCAUCUUAACCCAACUAUUUUACCUGCUGAUAAUAAGUUAUAACAGUUUAACCAAAAGAAAACUUGGCCGACCUCCUGGUCAGCUGGAUUUAAGUCAACAAAUGUCAGAGUAAAAAGAGCGGCUUACAGAUACUCCAGCUUUGGCAGGUCAGUGAAGGCCCCCUUUUCAAUAACCCUCAGACUGUUGAUAUUCUUCACCAAGCUGCGGGGAUAAAUUUGAGGAAAUGUUUCAGUAAUUAUAAUAUUGUUGUCAGUGGCUGUCAACAAACAAACACGGAGCAGCCCAUUGGUACAUCAGCCGCUCUGAAAGUCAAGGAUUAAACAUGCCGCUUUGUAAUUGAGCGACUAAUCCUGUGAAACUUCAAUGAAAUGCAAAACACAUACCAGCUGUUCAAAUAAAUAAUUGCUUUCAUCGUGCGGGCGUAGUUUGACGUGUAAUAGGAGGUAGCGUGUCACUUACAUUUGAGCCAGACUGUGGAGGGAAAUGAAGGCAUGUCUCUUUAUCUGCCUGAUGCAGUCGCUCUGGGAAAUCUCACUGUAGAACAAAGAAAUGGCUUCACAUCAGUCAACAGAUUAACUGAGUCUGUAAACAAAUUACAUCUUGAAAUCUCUCGGUUCAAGCUAGAAAAUGCAGGAUUUUACUGAAGCAAGUAUGAAAGCUUCCAAAAAUCUGGAGUGGAGAAAUGAGCUGCGUUUAUGAUAUCAAAAAUAAGAGUUUACUUAAAUCUCUGCUUGUGUAACAGGCUUAGUAUUAAAUGCCUGUAACUGCUGGGGAUAGCCCUCAAAAGGAAGUGACUGAUGGCCUCUUUUCUCAGAGAUAAUGAGAUUAUAUCAGUAAACACAACUUGCACUCGUACAGAAGAGCAGUAAAGAGUUACAAGACAUCACUUUGUCCAGAGAGGGCGCCAAAAUGAAGUCUAACCAAAAGUUCCUCACAUGAAUCUUAUCCAUCUCAAUUUGUUGUUGUGGUUAUUUUCCAAGAAGGUCCAGUCUUGAAAUAAUUUACCAUUAGUCUUGUUUGUCAGACAACAAUGGCACAUGGGAAUUCAUAAUACAGUUUCUAGCUGUCCUUUGUAUUUCUUUCUAUGUAAUAUUGUUUGCUUUCUUUGUUUUCUAUUUGCCAAGUGUGAAGGCCAGUAAAUGUGUGCAGCACUUUAGCUCAGGACAAAUGUCCCUGGGGGGAUCAUAUCGUAUCGUAUCGUAUCGUAUCAUAUCUUAACGUAUCGUAUCGUAUUGUAUUGUAUCUUAACGUAACGUAGCAUAACGUAUCGUAAGGUAAUGUUACAUAACGUGACAUAACGUAACACAACGUAAUGUAACAUAACGUAACAUAUCGUAUCGCAUAGUAUCAAAUUGUCUGGCAUCGUCUUGUAGUCUAUUGUAUUGUAUCAUUUUGUAUCAAACUGCAUCUUGUCGUUUUGGACUGUGUUCUAUUGUAAAGGAUCGGACCAGACUGUAUCAUAUCAGACUGUACAGUACCAUAUCGGACUGGAUCAUUUCCAAUCAGAUUGGAUUAUAUUACAUUGUAAAAGUUCCAAUAAGAUAAUAUCGCACUCAAUGGUAUCGUAUCAUAUAGAAUUGUAUCGUAUCUCAGAUGUUAGGAUAAAAUUUCAGGUAUUAUCACAUCAGAUAGUAUUGUAUCACAGUCUUGCAUUACAUAUUAGAUAGUAAUGUAUCAUAUUGAAUGGUAUUGUAUUGUAUCAUAUCAGAUUGUACGGCAAUGAUGGCAUCCAUUAAAUAGUUGUGCCAGGUCAAACCAGCGACUGCUGCAAAAAGAACUACAGCCGUAGUACAUGAGGGCCCCGCCUUAACCAUAUGGCCUUGAAAACCCCAUUUGUAUUAAAGUACUUGAAACUGAAUAUGAUAUUCAUAAGUAUGUUUAAGUGAAGGAAUAAUCAACUGAAUUUAUAAAUGCCUGUUUUUAUAAACUUUUUUAUCUUGUCCUGCCAUGUAAGGAAAGAACACACUUAUAAACUUACGUAUUUAGUGAGUGGACACGCAGUCAUGGCAUGCUCAGGUAGAUGGACAAAAAAGAUGAGAGUGGCUGUAGUGUCAUUAAAAAUUAAUACUGAUAGAUGUUUUUGAUACUAAAAGUGGUGGAUUGCACUAAUGAACUCAGAAGCUUUAUGUCCCUAAAUGACACCGACACCUUAGGGGAGCAUUUCACUCUAGAAACUAGCUGCAUGACAUUGCUCGAUAUUCCCAUUUCUCUGCACUGCACCUUUAAGAAAGUUAUUAUGAAUUUUUGUUUCAAAUAGUUUUAACAUUUCUAAGUUUUGGAUUUCUUUCUUUUUAAUAAACUUUCUUUAAAAAUAGGACGGAGCUGAUUGAUAUCAGGACACAAACCAAGGGGAAUAUGAAAAUACUACCUCCAACAUUUAUGCUUCUAGGACGCUCUGCACUCACAUGCUUCACCUCAUGUUUGGAAAAACUCCAAACAUAUAUCAAGGAUGCAUCUGGGGCAGGAAGACUGAGUGAAGAUGUGUUUUAAAGGAGGACAUAACAAAGACCUUCAGAGACAAAGUCAACAAGACUUCUUUAUGUGUCCUUGAACACUUUGUUUUCUGAUUGAGGCAACUUGGUCUUCAAAGCCACCCUUCUUCUACUUUUUCAUAAUCUGUCACUCUCUUUAAUCAGACCACAAUUUUCUUAAACUAGCAUCUCUCUUCUUCAAACAGAGAACAAUUAAAUGACACCAUCUGUGCUGCUUACAUUAUUUUCCUUUCUUUCUUGUACUCGCUUCUAAUUGCAUAAUGUAUGGUGCCAUAAUUACAGCUUUUUCACAUCUUCGUCCAGGAACGAUUUUCAGUUUGCGUCAUCAGCGAGCUCUUCUUGUCACUCUACCUUGACACAGGUUUUAUUGGCCUACUUGCACCGUAGCGUCGCAGCUUUCGGGACUGUAACCCCUUUUAAACUUCCAACUUGUUUUAUCUGUAAGUAUCUGAGGCUGAUAAGACUCGUCCCUGAGGAGCGGAGGGAGGGAGCAAAGUCAGACAACAAAAAGCCAAUUUGGAAAAGAUUUCGCCACGAGCUGAAAAUCGUUAUCAGCGGUGAUGUAUUAAUUAAACAGUGAAGCCCAUUCGGGAUAAUGUCAGUGCUUUAGGACAGAGUGUGAAGAGGCUGUAAACACGAUAAAAAUGAGACCUAAUUAACCACUGAUUAAGAUGAAAAGAGGUUAUAUUUUGGCUUUGUCUGUUUUUAGUAAGAUGUAUCACCCAGCUGUAAUCAGAUUUUUCUUAAAUUUAUAACCCUGAUAGUCAUCUCAUCGAGGGAACAGCUGAUUACUUUGGGGUGGUGAUAUUCCUAAUCUGCUAUUUCAUCAUUUAACAGCAACAGUGUGACACUUCUUACAGCUCUCUUCCCUUACAAAUAUCUGUUCCCACUCAAACCAUGACCUUACUGUCUCUAUUAUUGUACCUGUAGAGUCAUGGGUGUCAGGUAAACAGCUAAAGCGAGAGCUUUUCACACAAGUACGAGUUCACUUGAUCAUAAUAAAAAAAAUAUUCUAUUUAAAAAUUAGUUUGACCUUAUGUGCACACUUUUAAUUUGAUAAACUAGAGAUGUCUGCUUUAAAACCACUUCACAGUUUAUUCUUUAUUCUUACUAUUGCAUGCCUGAAAUAUUGGGCAAAUGUUGUGCCUAAGUUGCAGCACAGCCACCUGCCUCUAGGUGGGGCUGUAGCUCUGUCUAAAGACAAGUGCCAUGUCUCAAAAAUUAUCUACUACCUGCAUGUAAAUGAGCACAGAUGACAUCUUGCAUUCCAGCCAAGUUUUGACGUAUCCUGAUCUAGCAAAUAAAAAAUAAAGUCGUACAAAGGCUCCGUCUCGUUAAAGCUCCUGUGAGAAACUUUCAGUUUGUGUCAUUUGGCGCCCCCUGUGGACAAAGCAGUCUUUGCUUUUCUUGUCCUGUACAGGCCUAAUCUGCUGUGACAAUCAAAUUUGUCAUUUAAUGUGAACAACUUCAAAGAAAAAUGUAAAAACGGCUGUUUUUCCAGCUGCUUGGCUGACACCUACCCUCUCGUUCAGGUUUCAGACUUAAUUAAGAACAAAAUGAAUGAUCUUUAUGUUGCAAUUUUUCGUCUUAUUUGCUUUUAUAUGUCAUUAAAGGCAUCUGUAUGAGUUUCAGGCUAUUUCAUAAAUUUCAAAAAACGUCUCACAGGAGCUUUAAACUGGUAUAAAAUCAUUGGUAACCAGGGCAGGUGUGCAGACGUUAAGCUGAGGGACAAAACGCUGUUGGUGCUAGCUCUGCUAAUGUUAGCCACACUUACCCAAACACUCUUAUUUACUUGGAGACUUUCUCAUCCUGUGUUGAACUUGUGCUCGAUUAUCUGAGUUUUUAACAACUUUCAGAAAAGCGAGCUAGUUAAGAAUGUCAAUUUUCAUCUUAACUUCUAGUAAAUUAGUAGUUUUCUGACAUCCUUGAUGGAGACACUGGGUGAUUUCUCAGAUAAAUGUCAAAUAUUCUCACUAUAGACUGUUUUUGCUUUAAUUGUCUAAGAAAGAAAAGACAGUAAAUACCCUGAUUGCAUUGGCCCCAUAUGAAGGGGAACAUAUUUUAACAGCUUUGAAAAAAUUAAUGUGGUGAAAAGUUUUUUUUUAAGCACAUUCAUUGCAUUUUCCUGCAGACUUAUUUGCAUUUUUAUCAUGAAAAAAUUAAAUGUUUCAGAUAAUUUAGCUGUAGUUAGGAUUUAUAUUUGUCUUACAUGUACUUCAGAUUGGUUGUAUGUCAUUAUACUGACUGAUGUAUAUUAAACUGAGUUUUAAGAGUGAGCCAUAAUACUUCCUCAUGGUUUAGUCAAAGCUGAUAUGUCUCUUCAGACUAUCCCUGCUCCCUUUUUCCAAGUUAAACCAACUUUAAGGCCAAAUUUAUGAACAUGUGAUGAAUACUAUCUUAUUAAACAAAAGCACGAGGAAAGUGUGAGGUAACUUACAUCAUUGUAAUGUUGAUGAGCUCCUUGAAGGCAUGAGUGGGAACUUCUUUGAAGCGAAGCUGAGAGAGCCACCUGUCAGAUUUAAGUUCAGAAGAGAAAAAAUAUAAGGAUGUCACAAGUUGGUUUUGCUUUAAACUUAUUGUAAGUUGCAGUUUGUGAAAUGAAAAGCUGAAAUAUGGAGCUACAAGAAGAGUCCAUAAGAGCACCAGAAGAGGCUCAUUUAGACCUGGUCCAGGAGUGUCACAGAGGUUCCACUCAGCAGCUAUUAACCCUGAAGCUAAAAAGCUGUGUUACUCACAGUCGAGGCACGGAUUUUGGUCGUGAUGGGGAGGCCAGCUGAGUGUCUCUGCUGCACUGAAAGGUGUCCGAGCUGCAGCGGCAGAUGGUUGGACAAGUGUGCGCCCAGCAGGAACGCGCGCUCCACACACUGGACAGCGCGAGCAGGAGCCAGACCACCCGGAGAGCCAUAGGUGACACCGGGCCACUCACGAAAAAAAGGGUCACCUACUCUGCUAAAGCUCCUCGGAGUAAUUAUAAAAAAUAAGAAAAACUCUCGAAAACACACGAGAUAAUGGCACGCUCUUUUUUUGUUCCACCUGCGCCCUCAGUGAGUUUGAAAAGCUGCUGUUGCCUUCAGGUGCUGUCGUAAAUGUGAGUUUGCCUCCCGCGAGGAAGAGCCGGUAAAGUGAAACCGUGUAACUGUUCAUGAGUGAAAUAUAGGCGGACUUUAGUUUGACAGCUGAGCCGCACAAAUGUGACGUUUGGUGGGUGGAGACCAUGACAGCAUGUCAGAAAGGCUGCUGCUGUUAAAAUUAGUCAGCUGAAGUCAUACUUUUGUGUUGUUUUUGUGUGUUUUGUAAAGGGCCUGCAGGAUAAAUCACUUCUCAAAAAGAGGCUUAAGGAGUUUUAUACUGACUUUUAGAUUUCUCACUCAUAUUUUAAUGCCUGUUCAUGACCUGUGUUGUAAAUUAAGCUCAACAAUGGUUAAUCAUAGCCUCAAGAAUUUUAGUUAAGGUCCUUUCACACUGGGAGCGUUUUUUCGUGCCAUAUAUUUGCGUCGUUCCCCGUGAGUAAAGACCUUAAGCCUGUCUAUUCAAAUUUAGAAAUUAAUUACACGGAAUAUAAAUAUUUCUCCCUGCUGGUUGCGAUGUUAACAUGUAGUUACUGUAAGAUUGGUUUGUGCUCAAGUCCUCGGAACCAAGUUGUCCAUAGUAUAUACAGUCCAUGGUCAGGAUACCAGAACUGUGACGAGUUAUCUUAAAUGAAUAUAUCUGUUCAGGUUUUUUAAGCUUACAGUAAUAAAUCAGACUUGAUGAAGUUUUGUAGCUGUUGACAUUCAUUUACUUUUGAGAGAGCCAGAUCUUUAUUGGGUGACUGGAGAAACAUAGGAAAACCCUGAACAGUCAUCAGGAUCAACUCAACAUAAAAAGUCCUCAUGAUGCUCUAAAAGUAGGCAAAAAUAGUCUCUGUGUGACUCUGUGAGAUAUAACAAAUGUGUUUGAACUGCUCCUGGUCUCCCCUAGUUUUAUUCAUGGGAAAAUAAGAGAGAAUAAAGUUACUCAAACUCUCCUCAGGUGCUCUCUGCCUGCUCCACAAUAACUGUCCCUCCAUUAGGUUACAAUAGUGCCAGCACUGCUGGUGCUCAGAUUAAACAGACUUGAUGAGUUUCAUUGUUGUCGACUUAACUCCCAAACAUUCAAAUACUGCCAACAAACCUUUUUCUAAUCCCUGAUUUAACCAGAAAUGAGCGACUCGGGUUAUGGUGUUAUGUUUGCCAGAACACCAUGUGCUUUUUUUUAUUGAGUUUGUUAUUCAUGUCCUCUAAAAUGAUCUCUGCUCCAUUCUCCUGAUAUGCAGAAUAAGACUGAUGUUAACUGUGUUUAAUGCAGUAAUACUUCAACAUUAUGCAUGCAAAAGGACCAGCAAUCACUAUUUACAAGGUGAUGGAAACAUAACUUUACAUGUGCACUCGAAGGCGUGACAACCAACUCUAACUGAGGCUGCAAAUCAAAGCGUAUGAAACAUUAUUGGCUUAUUUAAAUGCAUAUUAAAGACAAGAGAGACAAGAUAGUUCAACAGCUUUCAUGAUGCUCCAUUUAAAAAAGCCAAAAUAGUUAAAAAAUAUAACAUUAGAGCCAUUUCUCCUCUUUUUUUUUUUAAUUACAACUGAGGUAGCUGCAAAAGCGUUAAUAACAUGUACCUGUAACCUGUCAUGAUCUGCAGCUAAAAACCUCUUAAUACCAUAUUUUCAACUCCGAAAUUUAAUUCACUUAGGAAAGGCAGUGAAUCGUGAGUCCACGUACAAGAGUGUACUUUGUCAGUAUGAUGCUGUUUGUGUUUCUCUUGUAACAGGUUGCUCUGCCCCCUUUUAACUGCGUCUCAGGCAGGAUGCUUCUGUUUGUUCUUCCACUGGAAAACCCUUUUAAUUGGCCGACCUGUCAACCUGGGAGGAGUGAAGUGAGGGUCAAAGUGCUGCAGCUUCACUCAUUUAAAAAUUUGCUGGAAAUCUCAGACACUUCAUAAGCUGCCUGAUUUAAUAGGAUUUAAAGAGUAUAUAUUUACAACACCAGCACUUAAAUACCCCAGGAACCUCUUAUAAAUAUUACAACACUUAAGACACGCUUGUUUAAAGUCUUCGAUGAUACCCCUGAGGCUUUGUAUUGACUCCUUUCUGCAGACUGAUGCAACAGGAGUUGGUCCUCCAGAGUUUGAAAUCGUGACUGCUGUUGUAUCAUCCACUGACAUUUCAGUGGGCUUUUUAUGCAUGCAGGAAAAGUCUGGACCGUAACACAAUCUGUGGCGAUGCAAUUCUGAAACCCAUCUGCACUCAUCGACUGAUAAUCGAGCUUUAAUUUAUCUCAAUAAACACAACUCUGCAUGCAAGUGCACAAGCUGCUAAAUGUCCCCGAAAUCCAUCUCCAAUCUCAAGUUGCAAGUCGGACAGUAAACAAUGCAGUGCAGAAAGAGGAAAGUCUCAGACCAGAGGUGUUUUUACUGAGAAACUGACGACACCAGAAGACUUUAAAAGUUUUACUUUUAAGACAAAAGUCCAUGGGCUCUGAGAUUAGUAAGAAAUGUAAUCUGGGGGAAAAGUCUGUGAGGAGUAAAAGAGAAAUGAUGAUUCUUUGUUUGCAAAACUGUGCACUCAGGGCACUUAUUCUGCAGUUCUUAUCGCGAAGAGGAACGACUGGGUGCUAAUAGACUUGUGCCUCAUACAAGCCAAAAGAUUACUUUGAGUUUCUUCUCGUUUCCUCAUAUUUCCUUUUGCAUCCUUGAACCUUUUUUGCUUUUCUCAGUUUUUAAAUUUGAGCAUUUAGUCAGAGCUGUGAUUCUACGUGCUGUAAUUGAGUAUUUAAACAACAGCAUAAUAAGGAGACGGCUAAUAGACUUUUUGCCAGAUUUGGCUGCUCCAGACUGAGCCUGGGGCCUCCCCAACCCGCAAUCCUAAAUAUCAGACAUGUCUGAUAUUUACAGCCUCAGGUUGGACUUCCUGCAGUAACCUUUGAGAGGAGCAGACUGGGAAGUGUCACCAUCCAGAUGUUGCACUCAUUCACAGCUUGCAAACAUGCAGACAUGCUGCAAAAGGUUGGAGCCUCAUCUAUCUAUAUUGUCCUUUCACCAGGGCAGCCAGCUGAUGGUGCCCGUCAUCCUCCAUGUUUGUUUUCUGAAGUCAUGGUUUACCAUGCAAGUUUUUGUGAGAUCUUGACUCUGUGAAAUCAUUGCCACAAAUCUUAAAGGGGUAUUCCAGUGUUUUUGAAAUUAGAUUGUAACUGGGAAUUUCCACCACAUCCGGAACGGCUACGAAAAGGCCGUAUCCGCCGAUAGUAGCCGAUCAUAACUAUUCAAGUUCCGCCGCGGAUCGCCGGACUCCACAGCUGAUUGCAUGAGUUGUUUUUUUUUCCAGACACCGGAGCAUGCCGGAUAAAGUCAGCACAGAUCAACCCGUGCUGGAAAGGAAGCCGGUCACAGACAUAAAAUAAAACAUCCGGCUUCCGAAACAGGCGGACUCUGUGUUUCAGGCGGACCGUGUUUCACACCAUGCAAACGGGCGGAGAUGAACAAGUGAAAGGUUUUCAGACAGCAUUUCACCCCGAUGACGGCUUGACGGCAUAUAUACACGGGUUUGUGUAAACUAAAACUUUUCUGAAAACGUAGUGGUGUGCACGCAGGGUGAAAGUCCGUUUGUGAAAAUAGCUGGGCACGUGUAAACGAAGAUGAGGGCUUGUAACAGAGUCUCUCAAAAUAAGCUUAAUUAUUCAGCGGAGUUGUUCCCGUCAGUUGCUUAAUUAGCAUCUUAUUUCUCCUAGUACACUUCUUAUACAACCUCAGUUCAAAAAUUCUGAACUAUCCCUUUGAUUAUGUGUGUUUCAGCAGUAAUGUUGAAAUCAGUCUGAACCGUCCUUUAGUGUGUGGUUUUCCAAAAUAUAUUAAAACUGAUCAAGACAUAAAAGUUGGGCAGUGUGAGGCCAGCUGAACAAAAUAGUGUUUGUUUUGAUAAUAAACUCCAGUAAAAUAUUGACAAUAACACAUUUUUCCAACAAUAUCUGCUCUUACCACAUCUUAUAUAACAACAAGAGACGGGACAGCGACCAGCUGUUGUCACAUUUUCACCAGCAUGUCAAAGAAAAGCUGCGUGUCACUGCCGUCCUCAGCUGCAUCUCUUCUGCUGUCUGACCCCGUUUACCACGCUCUCAUCCACAUCAUCCUCCCCGCCAGGGUGACCCGUGUCAGCGGAGCAGCAGCACCUUCUUUCUAACCGCUGCUGUGUAACAAGCUCACACAAAACUACACACAAACCUACACACAAACCGACACACACUCUGAGAGCCCCCUGGAGAGGUUACUGCCCAGCGCUGUUUACCAAGACUCACACAUCCUCUGCCUCGCACAGUGUCAACUUCUACUACUGUAUGUUUAACCCUGCAGACAGAGAGAGAAAAGACACGCUGACUGCAAGAGAGGGAGGCUAAUUUAUGCACGAGGGUCUCUGCUCACAUCAGCCCACAUCUUCAUGCUAACCGCCACGCUGCGCAUCAAAUCACACCCAGAAGGUCACGCACAGCGGGGAGUCACUUUUCCAGAAAAAGACAGACACCAUUUCAAAAUUACAGACGCGUCACAUUAAAAUUUCAUAAUUGCUUGACAGAAAGUGAAAAAUAAGUGCUUACACCUAUUCUAACAGCUGCACUCAGGUCGAUUGUUGUAUUAACGCCGCUCUUCAAGCAUUAGCUGUGCUUUAGCGGACGACCUUUUUCCUGCAUCGUUGAAUUUAUCAGUGCCGCUGGAGCGACUAAUGCUGCAACUCCCUGUUGAAUUAUACGCUAUUAAAUUACAGUUGAUUCUUAUUAUGGGGCUGAGAUGAGGGGGCAAGACGGGAGCAGUGUUUUCAAGGAGGGGAUGAGAUUUUAAAGUCAGUAAUAACAUGUCGAGGGAGAGUUAUUUUGUCUGAUGUUUUUCAUAAUUUAGUCUCAUGCAUGAGUGUUUCAUGAACAGAUACUCUAAUAUGUGAUUUUAUUUAAAAAUGCUUCCAAAUAAUGACCCCAAAUGCACUCCAGAAAUAGGCAGACAAACAUUAUCAAUAUAUAAAAGGCUCCUCAGACUUCUCUGUUUGUUUUUUCUGUUUCUGCUGGUUGUUAUUUUGACUAGAAAUGCUUGAACCGUCGCUGUGUCACAAUCCAGGGGGUGCAGCCUUCGAAGGCCACAUUUGAUGACCGAAUGCGCCGCAGCGGCACAAAGAAUUGGACAAAUCUGUCCUUCUUUUCCCAGGCCAUUAAGGCUGCAUCAGUCGCAUCCCCACUUUGAAUUAACCUUUCAUAAUCUCAGGCGUGCGUCAUCUUGCGCCGCUUUAUUUCUACAUAAGCACAGAAUGGACAAACUACAAACGUAUGCAUUUUUUAAAUUUGUGGUGUGCCGGUUGGAGGAUGAAGAAGUGGGGAGUUGGAGAUGUUUUGACGGCUUAAACUUGACAUGAGAGGGAUCAUACUUGUUGGGCAUCACAGAAGCUUUUUGUCCUUGAAGGCCACCAUCACUUCACCAACAGCAGGGGUGAGCAAGGGAGCAGUGAAUGAAGUAUUUCCAUUUCUACUCACAGUACUUUUGUAGAUGUUAUGUGUAUCUAUAGGGUUGUCUCUAAUUAUUACUGUGUCUUUUUGGUUUGCCGCCAAGGUCAUAUCAGGUCUGUGUGGUUAUUUUUAAGGUCUCUCUUGUUGUUUUGUGUGUCUCUUUAGCUGUCUUUUGUUUCUUUCAGGUUGUUUUGUGAGUAUUUGUGUUGUAUUUGUUGAUCUGAGACGAGCCACACCAUGUUUCAGCCGUAUUACAUAUUUCAGGUGUUGAUCUGCUUUUGUUUGUGGUCGUGUUGUAUUUGCCAUUUUGUGUUUUUGAGUGGCUGAUUUCAAGUCUUCAGUAUCUUCUUUUUCUUUUGGAUGUUAUUUUGUGUUUUUCUUCUUCCUUUGUUGCUUCUCUUGGUUUUCCUUUGGAGUGCCAUGUUGGUUAUAACUUAACUUGUCAUUUUGUGUUUCUGCGUGGGCUUUUUGAGGCCGUUUUGAACACUUUUGGUGUGUUUUGUCACUUGUUUUGGCGGGUUUCGUGUUGCUUUGUUGUCAUUUUGUACAUCUUUGGUCAUUUUAAUCUCAUUUGUAGUUGUUUUGAAUCUCUGGUGCGUCAGUAUCCUUCUAUUUGUGGGAUCUUUUUUCACUCUGUUUCUAUUUUGGAUCUCUUUCUGGCAGCUUUUUACCUUUUUGUUCUCAUUUGAGAAUUUAUUUGGGUUGACAAUAUCCUCAAAGUGUUUGUCAAAGAAAUCAACAUAAUUGUUCCUUAAUUCCUAUAACAAACGGGUUUCCAUGACAGCUUCCAAUCAGAUUAGUGAUGGAAAAAUGUCAUAAUAGGCAUGAGAAGAAUAGGGUACGAGGGAAGUAGACCAAGUGAUAUUAUUGAUAAGGGUUUUUGAACAAUAGUUUGAUGAUUCCCAGACUCUAAACAAGAAGGGAGGGAGUUUAAACAAACAUAGUGAUAUCGUUAUCCUAAUAUUUUAGAGCCACAAUAAUUGUGGGGUGAAAAUCUGACAUUCAGCCAUAAUAAGAAAAGAUCUUGCAUCGUGUAAACAGAUUACACUUAAUCUCUGUGUCAGAAAGGUUGCAAAAGUGGUCUUGUAAACCCACCUAAUGUCACUAAAAUUCACCUUAAAGACGAUUAAACUGUUUUUAAACUGACCAGAUUAGUGAUUUAUUUGGGGUGUGGACAGCAAGCAGAGUAAGAAGCUCAAAACUCUUGAUAUGAUGUCAGUACAAGAAGCAAAUACAAGCAAUAAUAAGAUGUCAGAUGUUUUUUUUUCUUCAGUUUUUUAUCCUACAAUUGGGUCAGAUGAGCUCAGCUUUAUUCAGACCUUAAAUAAUGGGCUAAAGGUGUGAUCACUCUUAACAUUUCCACCCGUACCUGCUCCAUUAAAGCUUCCUUUUUUAGGGGUCGAGGCACUUCUUACGUCCGUGUGUGUGAGGCUGUUGACCUGUCAGCAUCCUGCGGGUCAUCAAAGCACACAAGGUGAGCGCGAGGAGCACCGCACAACGCAAAGUGACAUGACCCGGUACGACAGGAUAACACAUUUCAACACAAUGAAACGACAGAACACGAAGCAAAAACACACAAAACAACAAAAGGAGCCAACAUUAGAGAACACAUCACAACAUGGGGGCGCACAAACAUCAGAGCGACACAUCAGUGUGUUGUGAAUCAGAACAGGCCUGCAGUCAUUACUGAAAGUGGUGGAAGCAGCAAUCGGUGUCAAAUGCUGUUUACUUGCUAUUUCCACAUAAAGUGACAUUUCCAGGGAGCAAGUUCACAAGCGAACACACAUCAGUGUGGCAUUUGAGGUAAUUGGAAACAGGGGCACCGAGUGUGUUCGGAGAGAGUCCCUUUGUUUUAUUCUUUACUGUAGCUGCAGCUCAGCGGAGAAGAACGACUCUUUUCCAACGCUGUCACGCUGAACUGUUGCCUCUUUAAAAUGCGAUAAAACAAACCCCAGACCGCUCCGAUUAAAGCAGUAUUACAUAACAUUACAUUAAGGAGGCCUUCAGCAAACCCUCUUAAUUAUUCAUGUAAAUUCAGCGCAUUUGAAUCAAACGGAAAUGAAACGUAUCGUUCGUUCAGGCGGGACAGUGGCUCAUUCACAGCUGUGUGGAUACAAUCAUGCACGAGCACACAGCAACCGUUAACACCUGACACUUAUUACUCUUAUUUUUUAAUCUGCUCGUGUGCACAUGCUCUGUUUGCAGCUGCAGCUCCCUCCUAAAAACCCUGUUUUUCAAAAAUGGCUGUUUUUAUGCUCAUGUACCUUUUAAAGGUGGAGGUUACGCUUCCCUGAAAAACAGCCGGUACUUUCUUGCUGUGUGUUUUCGAGUCAGUGUCUCAGUCAGUCUCUGGUGUGUUUGCGGUUGAUAUUUUAUGUAUACUAGGUCAAUAAGUAUCAGCUUUGCAAAUUGGCCCUAUAAGGCAUGAAUUUUGAUGUCUCAGCCCGGAGGCUCCUGUUAAUAAACUCAUCACGAAAUCUCCAACUUGCGAAACUGCUGAUAUUAAUGAAGUGGAACCAAAAAAUACUUUUAGGUUUUAGGAGUGCUUGAUUGAGGUAAAACAGGGUAGCUUAUUUAUUUAAUAUCUGCACAAACUAGAGCCUGUAACAGAAAUAAAAAGAGGAUAUUCAGACUUUUUACUGUGUUUAUCCUCUCUAACCAGGAGUUGUACGGGGAAUCAAGCCUGAAAUCUGAUUGGUAGUUGACUGUUGAACAUUUCAAAAUUGCAGUUUUGCUUUCAUUAGUGACGAUGGACCAAACAGCAACCUCAGUGUAAUAAUGAGUGUCAUGGUCAGGCUCAAAAACAGGCUUAAUCAUGCAGCACAGUAGGGUAUAUGUGUAUUUAAUGUCAGUAUUUGACAUCUGUAAUAGUGCAUCUUUGUUGUUCUUGAUUUGAACAUGUUUUGGUGAUGAUGAUGUUUUUUAUUUAGGUACGAAGGGUUGAUUAAAAAAGCUCUAGUUCAGCCUGCUCGCCUAGAAAUUCACAAGUGUUCUGUUUGCUCAUAUUUAAGAACAAUUGAUACAAGAAAACCUUCAUAAAAUAGACAGGAAGUGUAUCAGCCUUGUCGUUGUUGUUUAUUCUCUGUUCAGUUGGGUAUUUUGACCAGAAAUGACACAAAUUCACUUGGUAAUAUUUGAGUUUUUUGCAGUGCAGACACAACCAGUAAGAUGUUUGUCAUGCAGUAAAUGUAAAACAUACUACUUUAACUGAUGAUGUUAUGUAUAACGUAGCAGAUUGCAGUACUUUCCAUAGAAAUACUUAUUCAAAAGUCGAAGCACCAGUUUUAAAAAGUACUGAUGCACAAAAUGCUGCUCAAGUAAAGUAAUGUGAAUUCAUAUAUGUAACUACUUUUCGCACCUGCAAACAUGGUACUGAAAGUCCAAAACAGCUGAUACUAAACUGCUUUAGUUUUGUAAAGAAAAUACAGGCUACAGCACAAAACUGCUAUCAGUGAAAACAGGCCCUUAUGCAUUGCCACCAUGUUGAAUCAUUUAUGUAAGUUUAAAAGGCCUACACACAGCAAAGUGACAUCUGUAGGUACUUGGAUGUUAAUAGUGAAAGUAGAUGUGUUUGUCAAAGAUUUUUUUAACAUGCAUGUUGGACAAAUACCUGCCAGUGUAAAAGGAAAGUCAGGACAUCUCUGUCACUCUUUGAAAUCAAUUCUUCACUUUAUGCAUAGGAGGAUUUUUUAGGAGGAGCCAGGAUGACCUGAUGGUGUAACUGAUGAUAAAAAAGAAUUCACAAGGCUCCACACUCAAGGGCACCACAGGAGUCUUACAUCACAACAAGGAAGUGAAGUGACGGCCAAGGAGACAGAGGGAGAGAGAGCAAACAGAGUUCAGCAUGUCAAACAAGCACAUGAAACACAUGUACAGCAUUAUGUGACUGCACAGUUCAGCUCUGAUGUUCUUCUUUAGCCCUUAGAGUUCAUGAGAGCUUUGAGGGCAGUCGAUGUGGGAUACUUCCACUUCAGCAGGUUAUAAUCAUUUCCAUAUACCCUCUAAUUACUCUCCCUCACUCCCACUCAGAAGACAUUUUGCAGAAUGAGCACCAUGAGGAUGGCAUGUUAAUGAACGUGGGCUAAACAAGCAACCAACAAACAGGGGGAGUCAUUAUUAUGAAUUAUUAGGCGGAAUUUAUUCACUCUUGUUUUUAAUGGCGUACAACCUUGAGGCCGUCCGCUCUCUCUCGGAAUUCCCAAUUGCACACACACACACACACACACACACACACACACACACACUCCCAUAAACACAUGCUUACACACGACCAGGCAAUGAUGCCGACAGCUUAUCAGGACAGGAAUUCAGCGGUCCUUGGACAUCCAAAAUACGGCUCAGAGUUAUCGCUCGGAGAGAGUUACCCUGUUCGCACCAGAGCAGAGCUGAAGCUUGUUCAAAAUAGAGAUUAUUGGGUCCUUGAUAAUGCUCAUCACUCUUACACUACUUUCCUUUUCACUCCCGCCCUGUGUUUGACCCGUACUGCAGGUCGUUCAGUCUAACUGCUUUUAUUCACACUUGACUGACCUGGUUUUCUAAUUAAUUACUUCAUUCUGAUUGGUCAAAACCACAAAACUACAGGGAUUCAUCGUCAAUUCUGGGCACUUGGAAUUCUAGCACAUUUUACUCCUGCCUGUUGACACUGUGGCAAAAACUUUCUUGUUUUCUUCAAUUUGGAUGAUGUCUCCUAAUUAACAUCCCUCACUAGUUUUUGCACUUGUUUCUCUCCUCUUGUCUUCUUCUUUUCAGACACUAACAAGGAGCUUCAAGUUUUGUGUUUGUAAAUAAAAUGAAGGCGAUAUCAAAAAUGAUGCAAUGGGAAAGUGAUGUUCUGCCACAUUGUCAACAGGAAGAGGUAAAACCCUAGCCCCUGGAUUCCACCAUAUGCAGAUCCGCUCUGCUCCACUCAGGAACGGCAGGUGGGUCGAAAAAUGCAAGCAUACAGCGCCCACCGUAUCCGAUCCACCACCGUAAGCAAAGAAGAAGCACUUGCUAUAUUAACGAUAUUUUGCACGAGACUGGACGGGAUCUCACGAGAUCUCGCGUGUUGCACCGUGAGACAUUGAAUGAGAUCAACAGUGUAUAUAAACACCCACAUUUCACAACCCUGGCCCCUCCUAUUAUCACGUGACACACAGUUCAACUUAUUGACUUUAUUUUAUUUUGAAAAUUGACCGGAUAUUUUACUCUGUAGCCGCAUACAACUUUCACUGCCGCACAUUGAUUCCUGUGGAAUUUAGUUGUUAACUUCAAACAUGCGUUAAGCUCCUUUUCACAGACUGAUAUGAUAUUGGUGGUCGCUUUUAUUGUUUGAAAUUAACAAUUGCUGUUGAAGGGUUUGACCAGUCAGAAUCAAGUAUUUAAAUUGAGGUGAGUAAUUGGAAAGAAAACCAGGAAAGUCCAAACCACCUGUUCAUCUCGUACUGAUUCUUUUUCCUUUCACAGAAACAGUAAACUCGAGGAAGAAGUGCACUUUAGCCUCCUCUGCCUCUUUGUUUGACACUCUCACAAUAUCAACAGCUCUUAUUCGGAGUGGCUGCAGUUCUUCAGUUUGAUCAACAGGUGUCCGAGAGCACUCCUCUUACAUAAAUGUGGGACUGAGCUCAGGAUUGGUACUGUAGCCGGCUGCUCUUUGAUCUCUGAUUCAUUCUGAUCCAGAGCUGAAGAAUAAUCAGUGUUGUGAAAAUGGGACACAGGCCCAGUUACAGCCCCAGUGGAGAGCAGAGAGAGCUCAAAUGAUUGUGUUCGGAGAGUCAGACAUGUAGAGAAAUUCUAUUUUCCAGAUACGGUCUGAGUGCGUGAGGACUCUGGAGUUACAGCUCGUAAACAGAAUAUUGAUGAAAGAGUUUGCUUUUUUACACCACUUGAGAUUUAAAGAAAAUCAUUUUCCUGUUGUGUUUGCUCCGACAAAAGCACAUUGUGGUGUUAAUGAUUUGUUUUCAACAUUCAUUAAGCAUCUCUUUUGUUCAAAUUGGAAGAAAAGUCGAUGGUUUUUUUUUUCGUUAAUUACCUGCUCACUUGAUAAACACACAUUUCUGACGAAAUAACGACUCUCUUUUCAUGUUUUCAAAGUUUCCUUUAAUGAGAUAAUUAGCGGCAAUUAGCAAUCAGUCAGCGUUACAGUGCGCUAUGCUGUUAAAUGUGCUCUGGAUGACUCAAGCAAAGAAAUGAAACAUGAAUAUGAAACUGUUUCGUUUCUCUAUGUGCUUAGACACAAAGAUUUAACUAUUACUACAACUGAUAAAACUGAAUUUGAUGGUUUUCAUGUAUUUAAUUGAAGAGCAAGCACCUCUGAUUGGUGUGGAUAUUCAUACGCGCUCAUGGCAUAGCGAGUUUGCACAUUUAGGAAGGUUUAAUUAAUAAGUGAUAUAUCCAGCUUUAGAGCAACAUAUGCUGCCAACCUGAUGUUUACUUUUUCAGAGAAAACUUCAAUCCACAUUCAGCAGGGGUUACAACAGCAUGGCUCUGUAGUAGAAGAGUUCUGCUGCUAAACUGGCCUGUCUGCAGUCUUGACUUCCAUUAUGGCACAAAUAUAUGACAAAUAUGGACCAUAAACAUUUAGCCUUUCCUUUAUUUCAUUGAUUGUGUUAUGGUAUUCUCAGGUUUUCCAUUAACAGUACGAUAAUAUCAUUAUUGUGAUAUUCUAUGGCCUUGAUAAUUGCAAACCUUUCAGUUUUAACAGCUCUCAACCCAGAUUCAUUGUUUAUAUCAGUGUUUCCUAACUUUUGUUAAAUUGGGUUUGCUUAUUUCAUCUCCGUGUUAAUCCAGAUAGCCGGCUGCUCCGUCCAGAGAGGGGGUCAAAAUAACAAGCAUCCUGCCCCGCAUUAGAACAUUUUUGGACACUUUGCACAUUCGAUUGUUUUUGUUUGAAGUGUUUCGGUAUCAUCCCCAGUUUUGUCGCUAAAAUAUGUUUUGUAAAAAAAAAUAAAGGCACAACUGUUCACAACUUCUGCUCUUCAUGUAAUUCCAGCAGAUUUUUUUUGGGCCUCUGCAAACAUCAAAGCGUCCUUUUCUGGUGCCAGCUGGAUUACUGCAGCACUGGUGGCAUUGGCUUGUGUGUGUGUCUGUGUGUGUGUGCUUUUAAGUGUGGUAGAGUUGGACUAAAGCCCGGCCAUUGGCAUAUUAGAGUUGGUAAACAUCCCCACACACAUUUCCUCUUGACGUUGAUGAGAGGAUUUUGCAGAAGAAGAGGCGUCGUCGUCCUCUGAGGGAGGUGUCUGCAUUGUGGCUCUGUGGACUGAUCCACUCGAGGCUCUGACAGUCCUCUCUGCUUAUUUUCUGCAGCAGGACGUCUUGAGGACGGCACUCUCUGUACCCGGUGGGCACGAUCUGAGCUCUGUGGGCGAGGCUGGCCCUGGACGUUUAGCUCCUUGAGUUAAAUAGCUGAAAGGAAUGCUAUGCUUUUAUCUUAUCAGUCUUGCCCUUCAGUCGACUCUGUAUUUUGUUUGUCAAACAAAGAAUUAACAAGUAUCACUGACAGAGAGCCUCACAUCUGCCAAAACGAGCGGUGGCCCACGAGGGAAAAGUGCUACAGCAGCCAAAAAAACUGGCUGCGAUACAAAAACAUGGAAAUAACAACAACAGAAACAUGCUGAAAAAAGAGGUGCAGAACCGGUUUAAAAUCAUAGAGUCUCCAAAACACGUAAAUGAUCUAAAGAAAAUAAACCCUUUAAACAAAUUCUGUGAAAUAUUCCAUAAUUGUCUGAUUUUUAUGUACAGUUUGUGUAUCAUUGCCAAACUGUCAACUUAGGAGAGGAACUGAGGCAACAAGCUAUCCUCCGAUCCCUUUAGCUUUCAUCUGAUUGCAGAUAAACUUUUAUUAAUCUCUAUAAACAGAUGUCUGCGUUCAACUUCAGGUAGUAAUCUGCACCAGGAUGUUAUCCUUUAAUUCAAACCUCUAAUUUCUUUGCUUCUCAAGUCAGACUGUAAAUGCUGAAGCAUGCAGAAGAAGAAGUUUUGGUUGGAAGUUCUUUCUUCUUAAUGACCAGCAACACCUGCAAUAAAUUCACAACAUCCCCUUCAAACCAACUGAACACCACAAAAACAAAGGAAAUCAUCUUAGAUUUCAGGAGGGGCAGAGCGGACCUGACCCCACUUUACAUCCACAGGGACUGUGUGGAAAGGGUCCACACCAUGAGAUUCCUGGGUGUGCAGAUAUGCGAGGACCUCUCCUGAACUGCGAACACCUCGACGGUGGUGAGGAAGGCCCAGCAGCGUCUCCACUUCCUGAGAGAGCUCAGGAGGAGCGGUGCUGGUGACCCUCUACAGAGGCACCAUAGAGAGCAUCCUGGCAUACUGCAUCACAGCUUGGUAUGCGGGGUGCUUUGCAGCCGACAGGAGAGCGCUACAGAGGGUCAUCUGCACAGUCCAGAAGAUCACAGGCUGCUCUCUACCCAGCCUGGAGGACAGUACCUACUCUCGCUACCCGAGCAGAGCUGGCAACAUCUUUAAGGACUCCUACCACCCCGAAAAUCAUCUGUUUGACCUUUUACCGUCGGGCCGAAGGUACAGGUCACACAAAACAAGGACCAACAGACUCAGGGAUAGCUUCCUCCCGAGAGCUAUCACUGCAGUCAACAACAACAACAACAACAACAACAAAUCCAGUUGAACCUGUCCCCCUCAACUAACAUAAAUAAUGAUCAUAUAUUAUUUAAAUACUAUUAUUUUGCACCAAAGGACGCAGCGCUCAAAUUUCGUCGUACAACAAUUACAAUAAAGGCGAUUCUGAUUCUGAUAAACAGUUUUAAUUAGAUACAUGAUUAGGACCUUAUAAGAGAGAAAAGCACUAAAAAGUCAUGCCACUGGACUUGUUUGUUUUGCUAAGUCUUGAAGCGCCAUCUUCAGGGUAAAAUACCGCUCUGCACGGGGUAUCGCUUGCUUCAGUGUGUGACUUUUUAAAAAACAAAAAAGUUUUUUAAAGUGGGUCAUAUACUCAGAAUUUUCUAGUUACUUUCUUCUUCAUUGAAGUGAAAUUCUCAAUGAUAUCAUAUUACAUCUGGUUUAUUUCUUAAAGUUUUCACAUAUUUGCCUUUAUCCAAAAGUAUAGAGCAGGGUUUUAUUUUAGAUAUCGUGAAAACUUUCUGCUAAAUUAGAAAAACUCUGCCCACUGUGAUAGGCCUGACCACAAUAAGCCAUGCUGUCAUUGCUCACACUAAUGAGGAAAGCUGGCCCUACUUUAUGUUUUUUUUGUUCUUUGCAACUAUGAGUUAUGAUUAUCAAAGCGAGUACUACAAGAGAGCGAGAUAAAUAAGUCGAGGUCUCGAGAAAAUACCAAAUAAAAUCUGUCUUUAUCAGCAAAACACAGAGUACAUAAAAUGAAUGGACUCCUGCUGUUUAGAGCUGCCGUAGUUUGUCCCUUGUCAGCCACCGUAAUAAUCUUUGCCCACCAUAUGAAUCACUCAGGUACUCUUUGAACCUGGAGAGCUCAUAAAGCAGAAAAAUCACAGCCUCAUCACGCAGCUUCACGAGCAGUUUCCAGAGGACAGCUGGUGUCGCCCAUCAAGACACAGAAGCAGCUGGGACUCCUGGUGGCAUCCAAACAUGCUAAUUAAAAAUUGAAAAUAUGAAAGGCUACAAUUUUAAUGAGAAGCGAAUCAUUAUGUGACAUUAUAUACUCUCGGGGAACACAUUAAGCCGUCCAAUCACAAUUUGGAGAAACCACACGGUAGUAUAAUCCCCUUUUUGUUGGUUUGGGUCAAAGGUUAAAUCUGCUUCUCUAUUGGAGCAUUAAAAACGGUUUGUUUGUGCUGCUGCAUGGAAACUGGUGCAUUUAUGUGACGCAUUCGAUACAUGACAUACAUGCAAACUAUGAAAUCAGUUCUGAUAAUUAAUCUAAAUAUUUUUGGCAUAAGUGUAAUUGCGUUUUGAUUCGACUGUCUUACAACUUUUUGCAGUUUUCCUCAUUUUUUCUUCAGACAUGAGUGUCACAUUAAUCACAUCUUCAUCGGAUCUUGUAGUCUAGUUAAACCACUCAAUUUGUCAUUUACGUAAUUCAUUAGAGACCUGGCAUUUGGCACAAUGAUCAGAUAAUAGUGGCCUCAUUAUCGGAGAUAAAUGACCAUCAUCAGCCACACAGUGGUGCUAUGAUUAAAGGGUUUGCUGAGGAGGCCAUGCCCUCCACUUUGUAGCACAGCUCCCACAGUUAUUUACAGUCCUUACUAGUUCACUAAUUAGUUUUGUGGGAUAUUACUCCAGAAUUGAUCACGAAACAUUAAAAACAAAUAAGAAAUUCAGUUCAACAAGUGAUUCUAUGUUAGUAACUUUCUUCAACACAGCGCUCUAUCUCCUCUUCACCAGCAUUACCUCUCCUGACUCUGCUACACCUGGUCUAACAUGGUCAAAUCUGCCCUCAGGCUUGUGUCGUCCUUUUUCGCCUCCAAACCAAACCAGGUCAGACAAGCCAGGCAGCGAAAGAAUUGGGAAGUGUCCAGCAGAAAGUUUGAGCAAUCCAUCACUGGACACAAACUGGUCUUCAGACUCCAACCUGCUGGUUUCUGUCUCUGAUCACAAAUCACAUGGACGACAACUCCGGGAAGAGUCCCAAAACUCUGGAGGGUCACCGAAACUUUGUCUCUGCUUAAACAGCAUCCUACAAGAAGGACCAGAGGAGGGCGACCACAAAAAGAGACCUGUUCAACUCAUCUAUAUUCAAUACAAACACAUAAUGUCAGAAUGUUGCAGUUUCAAACUACAUAAAGUUGUGUAACUUAACCCCAG